AUGAAAUUGAUACAUUCUGUGGCGAUUAUACUGAUCAGUUUAGCCUUGUUAGUCCAAAUUGAGGCACAUAUUUGUAUGAUCAAUCCAAAGCAACGAGGAAAAUUUGAUAUUUCCACUGCCGGUAAUCCAACCUGUUUUCGCCACGGUGAACCUUGUGGUGGACAAAAAUUCGACGGUAAAAUUAAGAAGCAUAUCACUCCUGGCCAGACCUUUUUUAUUAAAUGGCAACAAAAUUAUAACCAUUAUGAAAUUGGAUAUCCAGGCUAUAUGGAUAUUUCUUAUGCAGCUGGCAACGAUAGCAAACCGUUUGUGGUUUUAGCUGUCAUUAUGGAUUUUUACGCUUAUGCCCAAAGUAAUAGACAAAACUACACGGUACCAAUUACUAUCCCAAAUAUUAACUGUUCCCACUGCGUAUUACGUAUACGAUAUAACUCUCAUAAACCUGGAGAACAAACGUUUAUUCAAUGUUCUGAUGUAUCAUUCAGUCAUAAGAAGAGUAAUGAUGAUCAUCAUGAAGCUGAGGAGGAAGUGUAUCAAGGCUGGAAGGAGUGGCGAUCGCAAAGGAUGACGUUACCAAAGCAAGCAAGUGACUAUUUAAAAUUUGCUGCUUUAUUAUCUGAUCGAUUUUCUGCUGCUAGCUCGGGUAAUUACAUCUAUGGUAUUUCUGCAAGCCCUUUCGAUCUUGAUGAAGCGAAUUAUGUUAAAAUUGACACUGCUACUGGAGAAAUUAUUAAAUUAUCAACACUUAGUGCCCCAUUAACCAAUCAAUUUCGAGUAUAUUCGGCCAAGCAAGUUAUCGAUUAUGUUGCUAUUCAAGCGUUCUGUUACGUUUACAAAAGUGACAUGAUGUACACCAUCGUUCAUAAAGGGAGUAAUGCCGAUGCAACUGCUAAUAAGUUGUUUGCUAUCGACAGAGCAAAGGGCAACACUAAAGCAAAUGAUUCACUCGCUGCAGAAGCUGUAAAUAUUGCCCCGAUAAACGCUAUCAUGGAUGAUGAAGAAGGAGGAUUUAUUACUUUACAAAUAGUGAAAUUGCCGAGAAAACCUGGCUACUUUUCCUUUCUAGUGUCAAGAAUGAAUUUAAAACCUAAGCUCUUCCAACCAAUCAUAAAUUCUCAACCGGAAAAUUUAUACGUCAACUUUUUAUGGUCAACUUUAGAUACCAAAAAUAAAAUCUGUUAUUUACUCAUGGGGAAUGAAAAUUCAGCUGAUAAGUUGUUAGCAAAACUCUACGUUGUUCACUACGGAACUCAACCGGGGAUCGAAAUUGUUAACCUUAACGUAUCCAGAUAUACGAUAGGAGCCAUUCAUUUCUAUAAGAAAACUGGAGAGCUAUUGGCUGUAUCUCCUGGAGUUGCACCUCGAAAGGAUUUCAAGCGUGCACCGCAAUGGUACCUAGUUAGCGUCAAUCCUAAAAAUGGACACAUAACAAAGAAAUUUCAGAUUGCACCUAAUGGUGCAUUUAGACCUGUAUUCUCUGGAAAUAUAGCGAAUAUCGAUGAAAAGCGCGAUAAAUUAUAUUAUAGAUUCGAAGUUCUGGAUGAGCCAGCAGAUGUUAUUGCCUCAAUAGAUUUAAAAAACAAUGCUGUUUCAUACUCUAAGCUUGGCUAUUUUCGUCAUGUUAUCAAUUUGUAUUCUCCAUCUCAUUGA